AGUAUUCCAAGGGUCCCAGAGAUGUUAAUCUAGUCAUGGCAAGUAAUCAACUGAGACCAAAAGUCGUAGAGCUAUACAAAACUUUAUUGUACUUGGGUAAAGAGUAUCCACUAGGUGAAGAUUAUUUCCGCACCAAGUUGAAAGCCGCCUUCUUGAAGAAUAAAGAUGUCAGUGAUCCGAAGGAGAUAGAGACACUGAUAGCUAGAGGAAAUUACGUAGUGAAAGAACUCGAGGCAUUAUACAUGUUGCGAAAAUAUAGAACAUUGAAAAAACGAUAUUAUGAUGAAAGAAAACCUUCAUGACCUGAAUAUUUCAGUGAUAGAUUAUAGAUAGAUUUAUAUAAUUAAUUUAUUGACAAUCCAACUUGAUUCUUGUGAUUUUGAGAAAUAUUGAAAAUUGGAAUAGACUUUAAUGAAUAAUCCAGUAUUGUGAGAAGUGAUUUAUAGUGAGGAUCAAAUAUUUAAAAGAUGUUUCAUUUUUAAAUAGGUAUAUAGUCAUAUGAUAUUGUUUUUGAGGUGGACUUUGUCAAAAUGUAGUGAAAAAUCUCUAUAGCAGUUUGGAUAUUGUCUAUGUGAAGUAAAUUCAAGUAUGCUAGAUUUUAGAACAUUUUUUGGUAAAAGUUAUAAAAAUAGUUUGUACAGAUAUUUUUGAUAAAAAAAUGUGAUAAUUAUGAUAUAAUACUUUAUAAUGUGACAUGUUUUUGUUUAUACAUGUUAAUGUAAAAUAUUAAAAUACUGAAAAUAUG